CUUUACAACAAAUUGGGAACGAGCUAAAGAAGCUUGAUUUGUACAAGCACCGCCAGAAGCUCCUUGAUGUUUCGUCGAGUUUUGAUGCCCUCGAGCCCGUGAAAGCCGAUUUGAAGUCUUAUUCCAGCAUUUACGAGUGUGGCGCUAGCGGCUACUUGGUGGUUGAUGACGGCGCUGCAGGCUUAAUCGCCGAAACACCCUUGGGGCCAGUCGUACAAAACAGUGGAAGCAUGGAAGCGCUAGUAGACGUUCGCGAUCUUUUGCCCGUUGUCCCUGCGGUAGUCAUCGACGUAGAGCCGAAGGAAGGUCCUGAAAUGGUCCUUGAAGAGAAUAUCAUCCCCAUUGAUGAUUGUGAUUCACUGUCGUCGCCUUCCAAAUCCGGGAAUGAGAUUCUGAGCGAAGUCAAGAAGCCGAGUUUCACAAUCGAAGUCGAUAUUAAUCAGCAUCUUCUCAGCAAGCUAUGCACAUUGUAUCCGGAUGAGGUUUUGUUGCCGCUCUUGGCAGGCACCGCCUCUGCCGAUCACCGUCGCGGCGCUUUCAACCAUUUGAUGAGCGCGCUUGUUGACCAGGAGAAAUAUGCGGCAUCUUGCAAAUUGCAGCUGACUUCUCCCCUUCUCUCCCCAUCAUCGCUCACUCGGGACGUUAUUGUGGAUGUGUUGGAAUUGGUCGACAGAUGUUGUGUCGACGCCACACUGCUUGCGGCUGAACAGUUCCACCUUGCUGUCCUUAAUCUCAUUAAAGAGCAAUAUGGAAAUAUCGCGGAACAACUAAAGGACUUCUUGACGUCCCAGGCUGCCUCACGCCAAAUUUUGGUAGAAAAUGUCGAUUCGCGGCAUGUGGGCUGCAAAUGGCACUACGAAAUGCUGCAAUCAGUGGAGUUUUGUGAAGAGUACACAGCAUACAACGUGCCUGGCGAUGGCAACUGUUUCUUUCGAGCCAUCUCACUGGCAAAGACGGGAAGUGACGAGCACUACCUUGCGAUGCGGCUGGCUGCCGUCUUUGGAAUGCUCCAUUAUGGUCAGGCAUUCGAGCAGCUGUAUGAGAAUUCGCAUCCGAAAUCCAAGCCGCGUACCUUCCCCGAACUCCUUAAAAUCGCCUGCCUCUCUAAGGAAGAGUCUUCCGCGGCCUCAGUGAACGCAGAUCGAUAUGGUAUGGAGCGACAUGGCGGCGGAAUAGCUCUUUUCAUCGGACAAGCGAUUUACAGCUAUGAUGGCUACAGUCCUUUCAUUGAUCCUGGAUCUCUGCCACUGGACUGCCCAAUGAAAAGGAAAGCUCUCCUAUUUCCCACGAAAAACGGAUCGGUAGCAUUCGAUUUUCGCCCCUGUUUCCCGAACAAAGAUGGUGUCGUGGAUAAAUCACUUCCGAUUUUGCGCAUCAUGAACGUCAAGAUCCAGCGCCACUUUUACGCCGUAAUUCCUAAGAAAACCAACUGCAAGGAAUAUCGUCCGGGGCAAUUUCUUCAGCUGUUUUAGAAAUCGUUUUUCUCCCGCUACUGUAUGGGAAGAUAUUGUUGAAUUUUUUGUUUUUGCGGCAGUACAUUUCCUCCUUUACUGGCGAUGGCUUACUGCGCAGUUACUUGUUAUAGCUGACAAUGAGGGUCAGAUCUUUCAAUUUACAGGCUACUUGUUUUGGUUUUUAAUCUUGAAAGAACGGUAUCGUAUGAACUUUUUAGGGUUUACAAACAUUUUUGCGCCGGCGACAACUUUCUGGUACCGUCUUUAUUUUAUUGUUUCAUGCAAUCCGAUUAGAAUCAGAAACCUUUUUCAAACUUGAAUAGUAAACA